UGGGAGAAAAACAAAAACCAGUGAAUGGCGUACGUGGUUAUUUUGCAAAAUAGAUAAGGGUAUAUUCGGAAAUAUGAAAAGUAACGCAUAAAACAAAACCAGCAACGACUAGAAGAAGAACAACAACAACAGUAGAAAAAUAGGGUACUAGAAGAGCAACAAGAACAAGAGAAAAAAAAAACCUGUGAGCACAAGAAUUAAAUGAUUCAGAUCGUUUUAAGGUUGUUACAGAAAUGGAGUGUUGGAGCUCGGUGGAUGGGGUGGUUGGAGAGAUAAUGAGGAUUCAUAGAUCUUUGCCGGUUAGGCCUGGGAUUGAUGAAGUUGAAGCAGCGAAAGGUUUGGUUAUGAAUGUUGAGAAAGAUGACCAAAUUAAGUUGGAAUCUAUAGAGAAACAAAGGAAAGGAAAUGAUGUGUCUGAGGAGCUUUUCAUGAUUUUGCUAGAGAUGCAGAGGAAUUAUGUGUUUUUUCAGAGUAAUGAACAGAAGAGGGAGGCUUUGAAACUUCUUGAUCUUGAGAAUGUUCAUUCACUGUUUGAUGAAUUGAUUCAGAGAGCUUCUGAUUGUGUUUCGUCUCCAAGUGGUUCUACUGCCGCUUCGAAUUCGAGGAAAAUUGCUUACUCUAAUGGUUCUGCUACCGCGGUUUCGACAAGUUUAUCGAAGAAUUUGACUUCUGGUUCUGGUUCUCGAGGUGGGUUUGAGAAGCAGGUGCCUUCGAUGGCUGCUUCUUCCACUUUGGUUCAUGUGGAGAGAGAAGUUUCUGCAAAGGCUUCCGAAUUGUUCACAAGAGAUGAUAGUUAUGUGAGCAAGUCCAAAUCUACAUUCUAUCCCAACGGGUAUGGGAUUGAACCAAAUUUUGCAUCCAAACCCCAAAUAAUGGAUUCAUCGUUAAAAUCCACAACUGCUGCAGGUCAAGAUGGUGACAAGUUGAGUUUGAUCAAACUUGCUGGCAUAAUUGAGGUUUCUGCGAAGAAAGGAACUCGAGAUCUCAAGCUCCAGGGAAAGCUGAUGGACCAAGUUGAUUGGCUACCUGAUUCGAUAGGAAAGUUAUCUAGUUUGGUUACCCUUGAUUUAUCAGAGAAUAGGAUUGUGGCUAUACCUUCAACAAUUGGAGGCCUUUCAUCAUUGACCAAAUUGGACUUGCAUUCCAAUAGGAUCACAGAGAUUCCUGAUUCUGUUGGAAAUCUCUUAAGUCUGGUAUAUCUAAAUCUGAGGGGAAACCAGUUAACAACCUUACCUGCUUCUUUGAGCAGAUUGAUAUGUCUCGAGGAGCUUGAUUUGAGUUCAAAUCUAAUAUCAGUGCUUCCUGACACUAUAGGGUCGCUUGUUAACCUUAAAGUGUUGAAUGUGGAAACUAAUGAUAUAGAAGAAAUUCCACAUUCUAUUGGUAAUUGUUCUUCCCUUAGAGAGCUUCAAGCGGACUAUAAUCGGCUUAAAGCCCUACCAGAAGCUGUAGGGAAGAUUGAGAGUUUAGAGAUCUUGUCUGUGCGGUACAACAACGUCAAACAACUACCAACAACAAUGUCGUCUAUGAUAAACCUGAAGGAACUUAAUGUGAGUUUCAACGAACUUGAGUCCGUUCCUGAGAGCUUAUGUUUCGCGACCUCCCUUGUCAAGAUGAACAUAGGUAACAACUUUGCUGACAUGAGAUACUUACCAAGAUCAAUUGGGAACCUCGAAAUGCUCGAGGAAUUGGAUAUCAGCAAUAAUCAGAUACGGGUUCUUCCCGACUCAUUUAGGAUGCUUACAAAACUACGUAUCUUGCGAGUUGAAGAAAAUCCUCUUGAGGUUCCUCCAAGAGAAAUAGCUGAGAAAGGAGCACAGGCUGUUGUUCAGUACAUGGCUGAUUUUGUGGAAAAGAGGGAAAAGAAAGAUGUUAAACCAGUUCCAAUUAAGCAGAAAAAGACCUGGGCUCAGAUCUGCUUCUUUUCAAGGUCUAACAAAAGAAAGCGCGAUGGAGUUGAUUAUGUGAAAGCUUGAUUCCAUUAGUUUCACUACAUGUGGCAUGGCUAUAUUUCAUCCUAGGAAAGAAGGAAAGGAAUGGCUGCUGAUAUUCUCUCUAUUUUCCUGUUUGGAAUGAUCUAUCUUUGCAUUGAGAAUAGAGACAAAACAAAAUAUCCUAAUGGUGGGUGGGAGAAUGAAGUGACAGCAUUGGUUGGCUGUUACUAGAAUUCCCUGUUGAGAUUGCAGCAAAAAUUUGUAGAUUUGUUGUUCAGUAUUUUCUUUUUGAAUUUUCCAUUUAUUUCAUUUUGUAUUUGUAUUAUCUUGAAAUUAGAAUGUGUACACAAUCUAAUAGGAAAGCAGAGAUGAUGGAGAUAAAUUGAAUGUGAUUAUGGACCAGUGUUUAUGUAUCAUGUAUGUAUCUAUGUAUGUAUGUACAAUUGUACUUUUAAUCCAUUGUUAAAUGAUUCGUAGUUACUGUUA